AUGUCGCUCACUCAUCUCUUGAACGAGCCUUUCUACUCUCUUAUAGAUUUAGAACAUCUGUUUGAUGACUCUUUUACCACCCGCACUCGGUCUCCACAGACUGGUGAGGUGGCAGCUUCGAGGUCCCUCAAGCCAAGAAUGGACUUGCAUGAGGACACUCGAGCUAACACUGUCACCGUGACGUUCGAACUGCCCGGCCUCAAGAAAGAGGACGUGGACAUCAGCGUGCAGAAUAACAUGCUGACUGUCUCUGGAGAGCCCAGAUUAUCUUCAGAGCGUGAAGAAGGUGGAUAUUCCGUUUGCGAGCGCCGAUAUGGCAAGUUCUCGCGGUCUCUUUCUCUGCCACGGGGCAUACAGACCCAGAAUAUCAAGGCGUCGAUGCAAGACGGUGUACUAACAGUUACUUAUCCAACUACUACGCCCGAGGCGGAACGUCGGAAGAUCACGGUGGAGUAA